UUGUAUUGUGUCUGUUAGUGGGCGACUGUUUCAGGACAACAGUGAUCCACCGUUGAAUUACACUACAAACUCCAACUUUUGAGCCUGAGAUUCUAUCUCUGAGCUCAACAAAGUGAAGUUUCUUAUUCAGUGAAAAUCAGCGAAUCUUAUCUGACCGAAAAAUGGCGAUGGCAACAGGUGUGUUCUUUCUAUCGCUGACGGCAAUUCCCGUCACUUACCUGGCUAACGCUCUGCUGGAGGGCCGGGGAGAGGGCGAAGUGCUUACCGUGGGUUACGGCGUGUUGGCAACCAUCGCCCUGAUGAGCUACGUGAUUGUGCGACUUUCCAAGGGCUCACAGAAAGUGUCAGAUCCUUUCUUUUAUGUGUUUGCAGUAUUUGCUUUCACAAGCGUGGUGGACAUUGUUCUAGCGAUGGAGUUGGAUGGUAUAAUUGAUAACUUCAUGGCAUCAUACCUCAAAGAGGGUGAGCCGUACCUGAAUACAGCACAUGGGACCCUGAUCAACUACUGGGACGGAUCAGGUCAUUACUGCAUGUAUCUAAUGAUGGUUACUGCUAUUGUAUGGGGUCAAAGCUACAAAGAAGUUGGUCUUUACUGGGCUGGAUCCAUCUUGAAUAGUAUGGUAGUCUUCAUGCCAGGCAAUGUCUCUGGCAAGUAUGGUUCUAACGUCAAGUCUUCCUACUUCCUCAACAUCCCCUAUGUGCUCUUCCCAAUCCUCGUAGCACUGAAGUGUCUGAGGCAGAGACCAGAAACCAACGUUGAGAGAGCGGAUGUUGUAGCUGCACAGAAAAAGAGUAUCUGGAAGAGACCUUUGGACGUGUUCUUCGUUCUCUUUCUCUUCUUUGCCAUCUUAAUCUCUUUCCUUCGGAUGGCCGCUGCAUUGAAGAGCCCAGCUUCUAUUGCUGUGUACUACCUCAAAAAUUUUGAACCGUACUUCCAGGAUCCCGUCUUAUAUCCUAUGAUCCAAGCAUUAGUAUACUGGUUCUAUUUUGUACCUUACUUCGUUGCUGCAAUCUAUGGCUUCUUAAACCCAGGCUGUACGUGGAUGUCAGACUGGGCGUUGUUGAGUGCUGGGGCAUCCGCUCAGGCCCAGUUUUCACACAUCGGGUCUUCCCUUCACAGUCGCACACCAUACAUCUACCGAGUCCCCAGCGACGGUCUUACAGCUUUCUGGAUAAUCAACGUGGCUCUUAUGCUGGUACCGCAGCUCAUAGCGUGGAGGUGCCUUACUUGGCCUGCGUUCUUUGAGGCUAAGCCUUGCUCUUCGGAGGUCAGAGAUGGGAAAUCCAGCUUGGAGCAGCGGAAAGAUAAAUAAUACAACAGAGAUUACACUAUUCACCCAUAAACA